AUGAGCGACCGCUACGCGAACAUAGGAUUCGACGACUUCCGCACCGAGACGGCGCCUCUAGCUAAUGCGGGACUCGCCCAGGGAUCGCCGCUGUCACCUAUCCUAUUCGCAUUCUUCAACGCCGACCUGGUUGACCAACCCGUCACUUUCUACGGGGGUGCUUCGGCAUUCAUCGACGACUAUUUCCGCUGGCGAGUAGGCCGAUCGGCCGAAGAGAAUUUGGCCAAACUACAGUCCGAGGACAUCCCCCGGAUCGAAGCCUGGGCGCGACGAACUGGGUCUGCCUUCGCCGCUGAGAAAACCGAGCUCAUCCACCUCACCAGGAGGCGAGGUAAUCAUCUACAAGGCCAGAUAGUGGUAAAUGGGACAGUGGUCUCGCCGUCCCCUACAGCUAAGCUCCUGGGCGUGGUCUUCGACCAGGAGCUCCGGUGGAAGGAACAUGUGCAGCAGGCCAUCAAACGCGCAACCAAAACCACCAUCGCACUGUGUGGACUACGACACCUGCGCCCAGAACAAAUGCGACAGCUUUACCAAGCAUGCGUCACGCCGGUCGUCGACUACGCGUCGACCGUGUGGUUCGACCCGUUGAGAGACAAGACACAUCUGAGACACCUGAACACGGUGCAGAGAACCUCGCUGAUCCGCAUUCUGUCGGCAUUCCGAACCGUGGCCACAACGGCCCUGGAGGUAGAGGCGCAUAUCCUCCCCACCCAUCUUCGUCUUCGCCACCGAGCCCAGCGCACCAUCGCCGAUCUUCACACGCUACCUCGGGAACACCUGAUCUGGCACGCCCUCACCCGUGCCCAGAAACGCAGAAAUAACAUCGGAUCGUACGCUCGCUUUCCACUUGCGGAAGCGCUGAAGACCAUGAACGUCGAGAGACUCAGCGAACUUGAAACAAUUGACCCACGACCGCUACCACCGUGGCGCCUAGACUCUUUCACAGAGAUUGAAAUUGGCUCAGAUCGAGACGCCGCGAGGGAAUACGCCGAGGCCGUCCGCUCAGCAUCGGACAUAGUUGUCUACUCGGACGCCUCCGGUCGCGACGGUCUCCUGGGGGCAGCCGUUGUGGUACUGAACGAUAGUAUGGAUGUAGUCGAAUCCCAACAGGUUCAGGUGGGACCGAUGGACCGUUGGUCGGUCCACGUGGCCGAGCUUAUCGGCAUCUUCCACGCGAUCGGCAUGGUCUUUCAAGUAGCGCACCACCGAAUAGGCGUGGAAGUCCCAGGGACGACCGCGACAAUCCUCUGCGACAGCAGGUCGGCGCUACAAGCGAUUCAGAGCGUAAAGAAGAAGUCGGGACAAGGAAUUGUUCACGCAAUCCACCUAGCCGCCACAGAGGUCCGAGCCGCAGGGAUCAUGUUGCGCCUUCAGUGGGUGCCAGGACACUGUGACGACCCCGGAAAUGACGCCGCGGACCGAAUGGCGAAGGAAGCUGCUAGCCCGGGCAAAUCCCACCCGUUCCGACCGCUACUCUCGAGGGAGAGGGCGUUUAUUCGCAGUAACAUCAUCACUCAGUGGGAACAGGAAUGGAGAUCAGCCAGUAAAGGCGGCCAUCUCCGGAAGAUCGAUAACUCUCUGCCGUCGGCAUACACCAGGAAGUUAUACGGAAACCUGGCCAGGGGCCGGGCAUAUUUGUUGACUCAACUACGCACGGGCCACAAUUAG